UUUUUUUUUCUCAAUAUAGUGACGGUUGAAUGUUCAAGUCAUUCCUUUUUUCUGCGAGGCAGCGAUCGCACGUAUUUACAAUACUAGUUCAAAAAUUGUUCUUUCCGUGUGUAUUAUAACGAUUAAUAUGCCUAAAAGGAAGCGUGAAGAUAAGAUUGAGCGUUAUCAACGCAAAAUCGACAAACUUAAAGCAAAGCGUAGAAGAGUUAUUAUAAAUACUUCGUCAGACGACUCGGAUAAAACAGAUAACGAAAAUUUGCUCGAAACCGUUAUAGACCCACAAGCUACGCCUGAUGUAUCAGUAACUAACCCAGAUGGGAACAAUAUAGGAGAGGGUAGUGAAGAGCAGGCACCUGACCUGGACCCAGAUAUCUUAUCCGCUCUAGGCGAAACAAUCGAAGAUAUACCAAUGUUAGGGCCAAAAAUUCAUGAUAAAUUGUCGAGCCUUUGGUUACCUAUCCUUAAAAAAGGUAUAAACAAGGAAACAAAGGAAAAGCUCCUUAAGGAGUACACAAUUCCUGAAAAUUGUACCCUAUUACAGGCGCCGAAACUAAACCCAGAAAUCUCGGCCGCAGUAACCGAGGCCGCACGAUCUCGGGAUAAAAGGGUAGAAUCGGUACAGCAGCAACUAGGACAAGGUAUAGUUGCUCUUAACAAAGGUCUAGAACUGCUUUUAGAUGAUGGAAAAGAUCGGUUACAAGCCGUAAAAUUCUUAAGUGACAGCUGCCGUUUACUUUGUGAUCUACAUCAUCAUGAAACCGAAGCAAGAAAACGGUUUAUUACGCCAGGUCUUGACAAAUCUUUCCUAAAUAUUAUGCAAGACGUAGACCGUGACGAAAUGCUUUUUGGCAAUAAGCUUUCGGACAAAAUAAAAGCUACCAAAGUUAUUGAAAAGCACGGCUUGCAAAUAAAAAAGCCUACCCCUCAACCAAAGACUCCGCCUACGUUACCUUCAUACCAACCGUCGCGCCCACGCUAUCAGGGAAACUGGACGGGCCCUCCUCGUUUCGCUCCGAACAGGGGGGGGAGGGGAGGGCAAAGGAAGACGACGGCACCCACGAAUCGGAGAACCCAACCAGGCAGCUCUACACAUCAGAAGCCACCUGCACAACCCAAGAAGCCGCGUGCAGCGGAUCAGCAGUAGAGGUACAUGCUGGUAGAAUUCAGUAUUU